CUCCUCUUCUCCUGGCAGGUGGUACCCAGGCAGAAUUCUGCGUUCAGCCUCUCUCGUUCAGCUUUCGGCAGUGAGGCUUUCGCUGCUGCUGUCUAGCACCUAUCUCCGUCCCUGAGCUUCUCUGAGCCGCGGAUACUGCGAAUCGCCGCUGCUCCGCGCAUCUCGGGGGCUGCCCGACCCGAGCUUCUGCAGCCCUCUAGGGCUUUGGGGGUGCGCUUCUAUUAGAGUUGUGGUGGCUGCAAAAGAAAAAAAAAAAGAAAGAAAGAAAGAAAGAAAAAAAAAAGGCAAGGACAGACGAACCUAGUCUGCAAAGAAAAGAAACAAGAAGCAGGGGGAAAAAAAGGCAACUUCAGACGGAAAGUUGGUGAGAACUGGCGCAGUCUGCAAAAAAGGAAAAGUCGAUCGCCAGCAGCAGCGGCAUAAAAGUGUGAGCAGCUCCGGGCGAGCGCAGCAGGCGGCCGCUGGCUCUGCCCUCCGGGUGGCCGCUCCGGCACCCGCCGCAGCCACAGGUGCGAAGGGGCUAGCAGGAGGCGAGAGGGCGCCCUGAGCACCCCUCCCCCCAGCCCCCACCCCCCAGCUCGGGACUUCAGCUCAAGUCACUUGGCGCCCCAGCUCCCUCCCUAGCCGCAGCCUCAGCGGGGGGAGCAGGAGCCGGUGAAGAGCGACCGGCGCGCGCCCGCCCAGGGGAGUUGGGGUUCGAAGGGGGAUUGUUUUCGGCUCUGAGGAGGUCCCCGCCCAACCUUCAAAAUUUUGUCCAAAAGCAGACAAGAGGAUCGGCCCGCGCUGAGCCGGCUCGUGGGCAGCAGGAGGCGCCUGAUCGCCGCCGGGGCGCUGGGGGUGGUGAUGGUGCUUCUGCUGGUCAUCCUCAUCCCGGUGCUGGUGAGCUCGGCCGGCACGUCGGCGCACUACGAGAUGCUGGGCACCUGCCGCAUGGUCUGCGACCCCUACGGGGGCACCAAGGCUCCCAGCACCGCCGCCACCCCGGACCGGGGCCUCAUGCAGUCUCUGCCCACUUUCAUCCAGGGUCCCAAAGGCGAAGCGGGCAGGCCGGGGAAGGCAGGCCCGCGUGGGCCCCCGGGAGAGCCCGGACCACCGGGCCCCGUGGGGCCCCCAGGCGAGAAGGGGGAACCAGGGCGCCAAGGUUUGCCCGGCCCGCCUGGGGCGCCCGGCCUGAAUGCCGCCGGGGCCAUCAGCGCGGCCACCUAUAGCACGGUGCCCAAGAUCGCCUUCUAUGCUGGCCUCAAACGGCAGCACGAAGGCUACGAGGUGCUCAAGUUCGACGACGUGGUAACCAACCUCGGAAACCACUACGAUCCCACCACGGGCAAGUUCACCUGUUCCAUCCCGGGUAUCUACUUCUUCACCUACCACGUCCUGAUGCGCGGAGGGGACGGCACCAGCAUGUGGGCUGAUCUCUGCAAAAACAACCAGGUGCGUGCCAGUGCAAUUGCCCAAGAUGCUGACCAGAAUUACGACUAUGCCAGUAACAGUGUGGUCCUUCACCUGGAACCAGGAGAUGAAGUCUACAUCAAAUUAGACGGUGGCAAAGCUCACGGAGGAAACAACAACAAAUACAGCACGUUCUCUGGAUUUAUCAUUUAUGCUGACUGAUAAUGCAGACGCUGAGCUUGCUGUUCUGAGUGUGAACGCUGGAUUCCUAUGGCUAACGUCAGUGAAUCGAGGAUCCCAGGGGAUGCCCAUUGCAGGGGCAUCUCGGUUGUGUAAAUGUGGGGAGAUCAAAUGCUACCUGACUCACAUCUGUAUUACUCAGACACAUUAUGUAAAAAAAAAAAAAGUAUUUAACGCAAGAUAAGCAGAUGUGUGAUCCACUACCGCCAAAGCAAAUACUCCUUACUGUUAGUGUCCAUGUGAAUGAAGUCCUAUAUAGACCACAAAUUUUUAUAGAAAAAUCUAAGACACUGAAUUAUUUCUCCGAUAUCUAUGAUACUUUGGUGUACUGUGAUCUUGCUGCUUUACCUACAUGUCAGCUUUGGUUCUUGUGAGAUUACCUGCUUAUUGAGGUACUUGGAGUCUACUUGUAGUGUAGGGAGGAGUGGUUUUCCCUGCAGGAGAGGGUCUGAUUGAAAUAAUGCUGCUUGUCCCCAAAGAUAUUGUUUGCCUUGUACUCUGGUUAUCUUUAGAGCUAGACCUGGGAAUGAUUCAACUUGAAGCCUUAACCUGGAAUUUUCUGGUUUUGUGGGAACUCCCAAGCCUGUGAUCAUUUUCCCAUUUUUUUUCCUCUUCAUGUGACUUUUUUUCCCCCCUCUCUUUUCUGGUGAUAGUCUUAAAAAAAUAGAGAUUGAAAUUGUAUCAUAGAAUUACCCUCUAAGUGUGAAAAUGUAUAGUUAUGUACGGUAUUUAGAAAAAAAAACCCUGUCUGUCCAUUUCAUCAAUAGAAUACAUUUAGACUCUCUUGAACAGUCAGACAGAUUUAUUCUUUGGUAUGAAGUCAGAUGGAGGCUUUUGCCUUCUUUGGAACAAAAGAUUGUUCAUAACCUAAGGCACAAAAAGUUUAAUUUGAGCUACUGCAUGGGUCACCAAGGGGACACUAAGUAAGGCCUUCAAACACUUACCGCAAAUCUGUAGCCUGAGGUUGUUUCAAAAUUAACAGUUUCACAUAGAACCAAUAUGCCAACAAAGUGUAUAUAUUUUAUAUAAAUAUCUGCCACACACUUAUUUAUAUACAUAUACGUUAGAUGAAAAUAUUAUAUAUACAUGGCUUCAGUCCACUAGACACAGUGGCGGUAGAGCUCAAAAAAACUAAUUUAAAAAGUAUAUAUGUAUUCACACAGAACCAUGCACAAAUUAUUUGACUUAUUUUAGAUUGAAAUAUAUUUUAGAUGACACAAAUAUAGAGAGUAGUAAAGUCAUAAAAGCGACUUCUCUUUAAGGGUUAUCCAGAAAAUCAAAUCGCAGUAGAUUCCAAUGCCCCAUGUUGCACAUGUGAGAGUUACUUGAUCCCGUGGUUACCGUACUCCAUAUGCACUCUUUGGCAGACCCCUAACACAGGAGCUUGUUUCCUUGUUUCCUUGUUUAGGAAACAAGGAGCUCUCCCUCACAGUGUUUAUGAAACAAACACAUUCCAGUAGUCAAUUCUUUCUUUUCUUUCUGCUGGUUUGAAGCUGACAGGAUAGUGCGAACCCAUUCUCUCUAGUUAAAAACACUGCCAAGAGCCAUCUCUUUAGUGUAAGGGAAAGACCAAAACGCAUGCGAACAUGUCCUAGUAGCACACAAUUUCCCCUCUUACAGUGGGAAAUCUUUUUCCCCUUUUAGUUGCCUUUAAACACUCUUGACAAGUAGAUUUCAAAACCAGAUAUUUAAAAAUCUGCUUGGUUUACUGCGGAGGGACAUUUGCAUUUUUCCCUUUAAAGGAGUUGGGCUGUUCUUUGGGCUCAUUGGCAUUGGUACUUUCUGUUCUAAUAUACAGAGAGCUCCAUCAGCCAUGAUCAACCGAAAUAGCUUUAGUUCAGCAAACCUUGACUUUCCAAGAGUUAUACAUGGUGUUCCCAUCUAAAGGUGGUGUUUGCUGUGUUUAAAUGCCUAGGUCUGAGUAACUGUCAUGAUUGAUAUGAUAAAAACACUUAGAUCAUUCAUCAAGCAUAGUGACAAAUUUGAUUUGGCCCUCCUAACAUAUAUGGUAACGACUCACCAAUGAAUUGCCAACUGUUUUAAUGUCUAUUUAACAGUAUAUAUUUGUCAAAGACGGAUUGGAAGCAAGGGAUUAGAGAUUUGGGUACCAAAUCGCAUAGCGAGGGUUCAAAGGAUUAGCUUUUAAACAACAGUGUACAUCAAUUAAGCGAAUUAGCUAAUAUUUUGAAAAGGCUUUAUUAGCACAGAACUUCAUGGCUGGAUCUCUUCUAAAGAGUGGUGUUUACAAACAGACUGUCAUUUCCAAUAGACCUGACCUUUUCCUUAGAUAAAUAAGCAUUAUUUUCUCUGUUUAGGCCUGAGGAAAAAAGAAAUAAAAGGUAAAUGAAAUAAAGGGACUAUAUAUAAGGCAAGCAUUUCUUUUUUUCUUUGCAUUAUAACAUGAAUUAAUUAAAUUGUGGCCUUUGUUAUAAUAACUGUAAUGAUUCAUUAAACUAUAUUAUGUAAUAUA